AUGUUGCGUGUUACAGCGUGUGACUGCCAUCCGAUCGGGGCCUCCGGGAAAACUUGUAACCAAAGUACCGGCCAAUGCCCGUGUAAAGAUGGUGUAACCGGUACCACUUGUAACAGAUGUGCCAGAGGUUACCAGCAGAGUAGAUCGCACAUCGCACCCUGCAUCAAAAUACCGAGGGUUGUGCAGACUCAAGGCACGGCCGGCGAGGAGAGCGGUGAACACGAAGAUGACGACGACGAGCACGGCUACGACGAACGAGCUGACCAAUGCGGAAAGUGUCGGGCCAGCACUAAAAGAUUAAACCUGAACAAGUAUUGCAAAAGAGAUUAUGCUAUCCUGGGCAGAAUAACAGACAGGCACAAAAAGAACGAUGGUUCUCCGGGUGGGGCAAGCGUAUCAGGUUCAGUUUGGAUACGUUUUACCUUAAACAUUGACUUCAUUUACAAGAAAGCUCCGAAUUCAAGGAUUCGUCGUGGCGAUGUGUUCCUUUACGUACAUUCAGCCGAUUUAGCCUGCAGAUGCCCGAAAAUUAAACCGAACAAGUCGUACUUGAUUCUUGGACAAGAGAGCGACGGCGGAGGUCAAGGUGGGCUGACAGUAACGCAGAGAUCGAUUGUAAUCGAGUGGCGGGACGAGUGGCAUCGCCGAAUGCGACGCUUCCAGCGAAGGGCGAGAUCGUGCCAUUGA